AUGGAGACGGGCGCGUCGUCGGGGACGGGGAGCUUUCCGGCCGAAGACGGUGAGAUUUGGGUGCCCGUGCUGUCCGAUCCUCUGGAUGGGGGCUCGAAUUCGCCGACCCAGGCGGAGAUUGAAGUCUAUUCAGCAUAUCUGGAUUAUGACGCCAUGGACUUCCAAGCAGUCUUAGAAGGACCCCAAGAUGAACACGAUAUUGGAAAAUUGUUUGGAGGUGCAAUGUUUACUUCUUGCUGUACAUUCCAAACUUUGUUACAUAAGCAAGCAAGUUUUAUCCGUGGUUUCCACUUUGAAACCAAUAUUGAAUGUGAACUUUAUUCACCAACUAGUGAUCAUGGCAUGAUACAAACACUUGCGCCUGCGUCACCAGAAACCAAGGAGAUAAGGGGGAGGAGGAUAUCUGCGCCGGCCACGGCGCUUCCUGAGAAAGAGGAGGCCCCUGUCACCAUGGCCCUCGGAGGAGGAGGAGAGGAGGACAAGAAGAGAAAGGGAGGAGGGAAAGGGCACCCGCUGCCUUGUCACCGGAGAAGCAUGAGGCUUGCGCUCGCCGCCACGCCACUGGAGAUGGGGGCUUGUGCUACCUUCAUAGUAGACCUGCUAGAUUACAUGCCGAAAAGUGGUUGGAGGCACCGAAGUCGCGUGAGAAGUGCACGCAAGAGAGGAAUAUGGUCGUUAAACACGGAACAAACUUUCCUUCUGCCUAACCAUUUAGGGAAUGCGACAUGCUUUCAGGACAUGAGCUCUACAUGUAAAGGCAAAAAAUGUGGGCACAGAAAAAACAAUGACCACUGGACAUACGAAGAGAUGAAAAAACUAGUGGAUGCUCUGUAUAUAUCUGGGGUUGGAAAUUGGACGAAGUUGAAACAUGAGAACUUUUCAACAUCAGUUCGAACAGCAAUGAAUCUUAAGGAUAAAUGGAGAAAUCUUAAGAAAGCCUACACGGUCAGGCCUACUUCUAAAAAGAAUGUUGUAUACGAUAAGUUUUUUGAACUCAAUAUGGAACACCACUGA